CCAGAAGGAACCCAGCCCAAAUAAAAUAGAAAUCAAGAGCGAAAACAAAAGUGAAUAUAAAACGCAGCAGCCCAGUUGUCCUCGUCAUCUAUUCAUCUCGCUUUUGCAAUUUCAUUAGCUCUUUGUUUUUCUCUUAAUAAACCAGGAUAGUCGCACUUCUCCGAUGGCUUCUCACACUGUUAAUCGAUGGCUCAGGCCCGAGGUAUAUCCAUUGUUUGCUGCCGUUGGUGUUGCUGUGGGGAUCUGUGGUAUGCAGUUGAUUCGUAACAUUUCUGGCAAUCCUGAAGUCAGGGUGACCAAGGAAAACAGGGCUGCAGGCGUGCUGGAUAACUUUGCUGAAGGAGAGAAGUACUCACAACAUGCCCUUAGAAAGUAUGUCCGAAACAAGUCUCCAGAGAUCAUGCCAUCAAUCAACGGCUUCUUUGCUAAACCUGAUGUCGAAUGAUGAGGGUUUUGAAAUAUUGACUUUGUCUGAUGAUUGAUAAAAACCAAUUGAUUAUGAUAUUGGAAUUUAAACCGUUUAAUUCAGCCCAUGUUUAAACAUAGUUGGGUGAUUGUGGAAGCUUGAAUAAAGUACAUGAUGUAUUUCUAGACUUCUUGUUAAAAUACUCUUCUUAGAUGAUUGCUAUAUUUUUGUUACUGGUAACAUUGUUGGUUGAGAUUAAUUAUUAAAUAUUAAUAUGCAUUCCAGUGUUUA